CUCCUGGAUUUUUUGGGUUUAUUGCAUCGAGAUGUUGUGGAAUCUGAGGAUGGUCCAACUCUUUCUCUACUUCUGCUGGGCUGAAGCUCAUAUUUGGGCCUGGAUGCUCAACAUGCCCCACAGUCCCCCCAAAGAAGGAGGAAUUGCACGGAGAGAAAGUUCUCACGCAGCCAGAGUAGCAACGGCUGUUUGUGACCACGACAGAGCCUGUGGUCGAGGUUUCUCUUGUGAUCGCCACUUUGGUCUGUGUGUUCCUCUCCGUGGGGAGGGUCAGUACUGUCGGAGGGAUGCCCAGUGCGUCCGUGGACUCAGUUGCAUGUUUGGAAAAUGCCAUCGCAGCAUCCCAAACGGAGAAGAGGGUGCCAGAUGCAAAUUUGACAGAGACUGUGGUGCAUCCAUGUGCUGCGCUCGACAUCAUGGCGAGCAGGUGUGCAAAAGACGACUGCUGCGCGGUGAAAGCUGCUUUGUUCCUGAUGGUGGCCUGGCGUUCAGUAUAAACCAAAUCUGCCCGUGUGAUGACGGAUUACUGUGCCGGGAAAACAGCACGCCACAGUGGAGAGAGAAGGAAUUUGUUUACCAAGCUGACAGAAAGGGCUGGACGUGCCAAGUGCCGAAAUCCUAACACAACAGAGACCUUCAUCUAUUCUUAUUUAUUGAACUUGUGUAUUUGUAAAUAAAGAUUAGUAUUGUCUAUAGCUUUGUAGCCAUAUAGACAUGCUAUAUAUAUUUUUUUGUAUAUAUUGACAAUAGCACUACAGUAGUUGUUGAAGCAGUUGAUCCUGGUCUGGAACUUCCACAGCAUUGCAGGACUUUUUUUUAUAUACUCAACUUCUUUUUUACUAUAAAAAUUUUAUUCCUCUAGUUUAAUAAAAAGAAAAUGCUUUACAGCUCUGGUUCGUCUAUUAAUUUUAUACUUAGCGUUUGCUCUAAGAACAUCUCAUUCAAAAUGUUAACAUUCUGGUUAAACAGAGAUUUUGUCAGUCGUGAUAUUGAGUUACCCACAUAAAAAGUUCCUUUCACAUUAAAACAAGGGACGAAAAAGACAUCAAUGUUACCAUAUGAGAGGGUCUUGGGUGCUU